GGCCAAGUGUGAUUGGACACACAAGGAAUUUGUCUUGGUGCAUAUGCUCUCAGUGUACAUAAAAGAAAAGAUACGUUCAUCAAGGUACAACAUUUACAACACAAAUGAUGGUCAAUAUAUCAAUAUAAAUCAUAAGGAUUGCCAGCAACAAAGUUACAGUCAUACAGUCAUAAGUGGAAAGAGAUGGGUGAUGGGAACUAUGAGAAGAUUAAUAGUAGUGCAGAUUCAGUAAAUAGUCUGACAGUGUUGAGGGAAUUAUUUGUUUAGCAGAGUGAUGGCCUUCGGGAAGAAACUGUUCUUGUGUCUAGUUGUUCUGGUGUGCAGUGCUCUAUAGCGUCGUUUUGAGGGUAGGAGUUGAAACAGUUUAUGUCCAGGAUGCGAGGGGUCUGUAAAUAUUUUCACGGCCCUCUUCUGUCCUGUCCUGACCGUUUUUCCGCGCUGUUGUAAUUUCACAGAAGUCACUAAACUGUCAGUUGUGUAAAUUGAGGACUUAACUAUUCACCGCGGCAGAUAAAAUUCACCUGCUGGGAUUUGGCCUAAUGGUCAAAGCGCCAUGUGCAGGAAUGAUUAACCAUAGAGUGAAAACUCAUAAUUUAGUUCUACUUUUUACACACACACACACACACACACACACACACACACACCACAUCACAUGCGUAACCCAGUUCCUUUUUAACUCCACAUCAGCAACAUAACCAACCAGUUGGCUUUGACUCAGCUGCCUCGCAGCCAGCCAGCGUCUCAGCCCUCCGACUUGUCUGUGCCCUUUUGGCUUUCGGCAGAGAAAUUCCCAGCGGAGAGGCAACCCGCCCUAAUGGUCACAGCAGGCUAAAAAAAAGGGACAGGACCCUGGUGAGCUAACCCAAAAAAAAAGAAAAAAGAAAAAAGAAAAAAAGAACUAUGAUCCGACGAGAGAGCAAGCGGAGAUCGCGGACUGAGGCCGCUGGUAGGAUGGAUUCCAGCACCCUCCCAGGAGCCAGCAAGAUCUACCGGCGGAAGAGCCGACGCCAUAUGACCUGCCCCAACCCUCGAGAGAUCAACCAGGCCUUGGCUUGCAUCAGCCUGGGAGAACUGAACCGUUCUUGCACUCUGGAGGAGCUGAUUGAGAAAUGCCUUCGCUCCUUUGGUACUGUGGCUGGAGAUGUGGAUGGGAACCUGUGCACCAGCGACUUCAUGGUGAACAUGACACUAACCGCUCAUAGUUGGGUGGUCCCGUCUGCAGAGCUGGCUCGCCGUCUUUUGACUUUAUAUCAGGAAUCGGCCCAGGACAAGAAUCCUUCACGUCAACUGAGGAUCUGCCACUUUGUCCGCUACUGGCUUGUGAACUAUCCAGAGGCUUUUCACUUGGACCCUCACUUGGAGGAGGUGAUCACAGAAAUCUUGGAGGUGGUGAGGAACCAAGGCCCAGCAGGACACAACAACCUGCUCGAUACAUCCUGCAUGGUGAGUCACACCUGGAACCGUUCUCUCAGUUGCCAACACAGUCCUGCCGCUGGCAAGAAACGUAAAGUCUCUCUGCUGUUUGAUCACCUGGAUCCAGGUGAGCUAGCCGACCACCUCAGUUACCUGGAAUUCAAGGCAUUCUGCCGUCUCUCGUACUUGGAUUUCCAGAAUUACGUGCUGCGUGGAUCUGUGCACGGAAUCUCAGCCCUGGAACGCGCAAUUACCUUGUUCAACAGCAUCUCCCAGUGGGUGCAAGUGAUGAUCCUCAAGCGUCCCACAGCCCAGCAGCGAGCAGAAGUCUUCACCAAGUUCAUCCAUGUGACCCAGAAAUUAAGGCAGCUGCAGAACUUCAAUACGCUCAUGGCAAUUGUGGGAGGGCUUUGCCACACCACCAUUGCUCGCCUAAAGGAGACCCAUGCGCUUCUACCUUCCGAGGUCACCAAGGUGCUUGCUGAAAUGACCGAAUUGCUCUCGUCAAGUGGAAACUAUGGGGCGUACCGUCGGGCUUACGCCGAUUGCAAAGACUUCAAGAUCCCCAUUGUGGGAGUCCACCUCAAGGACCUGGUGACCUUGCACGAAGCCCUCCCGGACCGCGUAGAGGGCGGACGUCUCAACCUGAGCAAACUGCAGAGGCUCUACGAGCCGGUGUGGGAAUUCCGGUUGCAGCAACGGGCUCAGCCGCCCUUCGAAGCCAACAAGGACCUGGUGCAUCUGCUGACGCUCUCCUUGGACCUCUACUACUCGGAGGAGGAAAUCUAUGCCCUCUCGUACUCUCGUGAACCUCGCUCCCUCAAAUUGCUGCCGUCCACCCAGUUCAAGCCCCCGGUGGUUGUGGAGUGGGCCCCCAGAGUAGCCAACAAGCCGGAUCGUCUCGCCGUCAAAAGGCACAUCCAGCAGAUGGUGGAGUCCGUGUUCAAGAAUUACGAUCCUGACCAACGAGGUUGCAUCUCUCAGGAAGAUUUCAAGACCAUUUCAAUGAGUUUCCCUUUCUCCUUCUACGGCCUGGAAAGAGAACGAGAAGGAACCUGGAAUCGAGAAGACCUCUUGGAGUACUUCAUGAGGGCCUGCGCCAUCUUCUCCAAGCUGGGCCUGGUGGUCUUGCAUGAUUUCCAAGAGGUCACCUUUAAGAAACCCACCUUCUGCAACCACUGUGGUGGCUUUCUAUGGGGAGUCUCCAAGCAAGGAUACAGAUGCAGGGAUUGUGCCAUGAUCUGUCACAAACACUGCAAGAACCACGUGGAGGUGGAGUGUCACACUCACCGCUUCCCUUCUUCCUCCUCCUCCUCCUCAGACAGCACGUCGCGCACCUCCACAGCCACGCUAGCUAUGAGUCACCAUCCCAGCUCUGGCUCAGAGGAAGACAUGUUUCUCUUCCCACCAGGAUGGGAACAGGGCAAGAGUCCUGUGGUCUCAUUGUCCAGCAGUCCGGGCAGCCGGAUGGUCAAACAUGCCAGCACCCAGACUGAGCAGGCUAGCUCGGCAGCUGAGGAGCAGGAGGGACAGCCGGCAGAUGGUUGCAACAAAACCCAGAAACAGCUCCUGGAACUGGUGAAGGAGCUGGAAAAGGAACGGGACAGGCUGCUGACCGCCAACCGGAGUCUCCAGAGCCGCUAUGCGCAGCUGGAAGCCGAGAACAGACGGCUCCUGAAAACAGGCAGUCCGGGAUCCCUCUACGAAAUCGCGCCUCGGUUUAUCUGAGUCAACUUACCUAUCUCGGCCACAAACUCUAAGAACGUAGGAGCGAGUUCCUGACGGGCAAGCAUCGAGCCUCGACGUGCCAGAGAGCAGGAGAAACGACUGGCGGAGGAAGCCGUCAGCUGAAAAAUUAAAACGGCAAAGGAGGAGAGAAUUUGGGAGCUGAGAAUAGAUGCUGUCCUGGGGUUGUUGGGUUUUUUGUUGUUGUUGUUUUUAAUUUCCAGCUGAGGAUCUCUCUGGUUAACCAUCUUGGCAGUCCUAGAAGGAACGGUGUGAAUCUGGCCCCUUUAACCACGCAGAUUCGGAUUUGUAAUUUAUUUAUUAUGUUUUCAUUUUGUUUUUUAAAUGUACGAGCUACCCCGUUUUAUGGUUCUGGCAGCUUUGGGGCGGAUUUGUAAAUAAACAGCACAACUCGGAGAAUUCA